GACUUCCCUCUGGCUUCUGCAGCUUUUGGACCUCCCCUACAGAGAUUGUAUAAAUACAGCUCAAGAUGAAGGAGGAAAAUACACGGUUGAGGAGUUUUCUUCACAAAACCUCUGCAAAAUGGCAACAGCAAAUGUACAACGGCCAAUGGCCUUACCUGUUAGACUCUGGCAUUGCCUCAGUGGAGACCCUCCGAUCCCUGUUCUGUACGAUCCAACAUUCCUGAACGCAACUCACGCCUCUCUGCUGGCUGUCAAAGACCCUGAAUUGACCCGAGCCUCCCAUUUCACUGUUACCGUGCUCAACGGAUCAGAUGGCAAAAAAGUCCCAUUGGUCCUCAAGAGCACAGACACCAUCGGCAAACUUCAGAAGAGUUUCCUACAGAAGCAGCCUGACCUGACGGGAAGCCUGAACCUCGCCUACAACGGCAAGCCCGUUCAGGGGCACCAAAGCCUGGGAGAGCUGGGGGUGAAGGAUGGGGCUACUUUCAUCACCUUUCAGAGGUGUCAUGGAGGGUAGACGUGGAGCAAUAGAGGUGGAGGAGGGCUGUUUCCAUUCAUCUAUCCCUUGUAAUUGUCCAGUGUUUCCAUACUUCUAUGAAAUAUGACAUAUCAUUACUUACAAUAUGAGUGAAAUAGUUUUCCUUCCAAAAAAUAGUAAUGAAGUAUGUUAAAAAGCAGUUUUUCUGUGUUGGAAUGGUGUGGGCGUACACCAACAACAGAAUGGAGUUGGCGUACACUAAUCAUUAAAAUAGUUAAUGCGAGUAGAUCCCUGAUUGGCCAGCUCAUCCUCCUCCUCCUCAAACCUGAGGUGGGGUUUUUAAAGGGUUUUUAAAGGGUUUUUCUCUCCAAUUUCUGCUUUGGCCACAAAUACAAGUAUAGGAUAAAACAAAAACAUUAUCUGGAUAUGAAUUCAGAGAAUAUUAACUUUUAAAAGUGUGAUUUUCACUGGGCAUUUACUUUAACUCCAGCAGGCACAGCCAGAAGAGGACCACGACUCAGAGCCUGGUUCCGUUCUAGGUUUCUUCCUGUCUCUCUAUGGAGUUUUUCCUAGCCACCGUGCUUCUACAUCUGCAUUGCUUCCUGUUUGGGUUUUUUUAGGCUGGGUUUCUGUAUAAGCACUUUGUGACAUUGUGCUGAUUUAAAAAGGGCUUUAUAAAUACAUUUGAUUGAUUGACUGAUAUAACUGUCUUGCUUUGCUCUUGCCUGGUACUAGCUAAUGAAGUGAACUAUAAGCCAAUCAAUGUGACCAAUCAAUGUGACCAAUCAAUGUGACCAAUCAAUAUGACCAAUCAAUGUGGCCAAUCAAUGUGACCAAUCAAUGUGAGUUAGUUCACCCCGUUAAAUGUACCAUUUGUGAGGUUUUAUUGGUCAUUUUGAUAUGCCAUUGGUGUUUAACAGUAGGUUACUACUGUAUCUGAAAUAGCUUAGUACAAAUUUCUUACUUUAUUGUAACAAAAAAUAUUUUUGCACUUUCAUGAUGUUUUCAACGACAACCAAAAAGGCUAUCCAAUCAGAAGGAUGACGAACAAAAUAAAUAAUGUUUAAACAUAUUUGUAUUUCAUUUAUUUGCAUAUAUGGGCAUUGUAUUCACCCUUCAUUAAAUAAACACUGAAAUAUUUCAAGUA